AUGGCUACAAAUGCGUUUUCACGUACAAUCUAUUCUAAAAUACGUCCAUUAUUAUCAGCAAGUAUUGAAUCACGAAAUAUACUAGUUUGUAAUUAUCAUGAAAAAGUCAUUGAUCAUUAUGAAAAUCCUCGAAAUGUUGGAUCAUUUGAUAAAUCUGAUACAAGUGUUGGUACUGGUCUUGUUGGAGCACCAGCAUGUGGUGAUGUCAUGAAAUUACAAAUUAAAGUAGAUGAAAAUGGAAAAAUUAUUGAUGCGAAAUUUAAAACAUUUGGUUGUGGUUCAGCUAUUGCUUCGUCAUCAUUAGCUACCGAAUGGAUUAAAGGAAAAUCAAUUAAUGAAGCAGGUACAAUUAAAAAUCAAGAUAUUGCGAAAGAAUUAUGUUUACCACCAGUUAAAUUACAUUGUUCAAUGCUUGCUGAAGAUGCUAUUAAAGCAGCAAUUCAUGAUUAUAAUAAUAAAAAAACAAACAAGAAAAAGGAAUGA